CUUCCUUUUUCCCCGAUUCGCCAUCAUGGGUAUCUCUAGAGAUAAAUGGCACAAACGGCGAAAGACGGGAGGCCGUAUGGCCCAGAUCCGCAAAAAGCGGAAGUUCGAGUUGGGGAGACCGGCAGCAAAUACCAAGCUGGGUGCCAAGAAAAUCCACACGGUGCGGACUAUGGGUGGGAACAAGAAAUACCGGGCUUUGCGAUUGGACACGGGCAACUUCUCCUGGGGCUCCGAAAGUAUCACCCGCAGAACUCGUAUCAUUGACGUUAUAUACAAUGCCAGUAACAACGAGCUGGUGAGAACCAAGACCCUAGUGAAGAGUUGUAUUGUCCAGAUUGAUGCCACGCCCCUCAGACAGUGGUACGAGGCGCACUAUGCCCUUCCCCUUGGGCGCAAGAAGGGUGUCAAGCAGCCCGAGGCAGACAGUGCUAUCAACAAAGAGCGUUCCAAGAAGACCCAGAAGAAGUACGAGGAGAGGAAGAAGACCGCUCAGGUGGAACACAACCUGGAGGAACAGUUCGCUACAGGCAGAGUUCUAGCGAAGAUCUGUUCACGGCCGGGUCAGUGUGGCAGAGUGGACGGUUAUGUAGUGGAAGGCAAAGAGCUCGAGUUUUACCUGAGAAAAACAAAGACCAAGAAGGGCAAAAGCUAAACUACCAGACUACAAUUCAAGGAAAUCUUGAACUGGAAGUGAUCUUAUCAAAUGCUCUACACGAUCGUGAUGAGAUAACAGUAAUAAUAACAAAAUUACACAGAAA